AAGAGCGUUGCACCACACGAGUGAGAUCGUGGUAUUUUCGUCGCUGCACAAGAGCGAUCGCUCUCUCUCUCUCCUCUCUCUCUGCUCUGCUCCGCUUCGCCACUUUCCUCCCUCUUUCGCGGAUGGUGCGGAUCACGCGGCGCGGCUGACGCGUCGGAAAGCUGGAGAAAAGCUUCCGGCUUUGUGAGAAGACAGGUAGCGCGCGCGUUGUUACGUGCACGUGUCUCUCUAUCAAAAAAUCAACGACUGUUGUUUUUGUCGAAACACGAAUGGUGCCAUCGUUCUAAAUCUCUUAGUCUGUUUCACUGUCUAACUCUCUUUCUUUCUGUCUCUUGUGUUCUUCCCUGACUGUCCUCCUUUAUCUCUCUUCUGUCUGUCAAUUGAGGACGCAACGCAUCGAAUGAUCCUAUCGAGAUGAGAUAUUUAUAACAGAGAAAAUACACGGAAGACUCUGGCGAGGGAUAUUCUUCGGCGGACUCGCGCGUGACAGGGUGUGUUUAACGAGAACGCGAGUCGUGUGAGGAACGUGCGACAUGUGUCGAGGGAUUAUGCCGAUUUCUCAGCUCUGUGCGUAACAAUGGACAACGUGCCACCGUCAAACUGACUUCGCGUUGGUGUGACCCCCGUGCAAUGUCUCUACAUAUUUGCACGCUCGAAUGACAUUCUUCAGCGAGGCCUCACAAGCGAAACUCGAUCGCGAUCUCGAUCGUGCCCCGAGGGUGAGAAGCCGCGUUCUCGCAAAGGAGGAGCACUGUUCGCACGAGAAGAAGAUCGCAAGUUGUCGUCUCGACUCGAGGCCAAUUUAAAUCGCCAACCACGGACGGUUGUCGCAGAGGCGGCAGGAAGUCUCGACAGCUAAGAUGUCUCUCGCAGGAAAGGGAAAAACGAACGUAACUGAGUGAUCGACGCGCGUGAUCCCGUUUAAAGAGUUUUCUGCGCGAAGGAAGACAUGAAACCACGUUACUGAGGGGAGGAGAAAAAUAGGCAACACUCGUGUCACAGCUCCGGUUGCACAAAUCCGGAUUGAACCAAGUGAAUUCGAGGAGUGGCUCGACGAUUCUCGGCACCUCGGAACCAUCUAUCAAAGAUAAAUGGAAUGAGGUGUUACAUCCCGCUGCGCGCAUACAUCGCGGGACGUUCCAGGAAGCACCGCAGUGUGCCGCAUGCAAUGACGACAAUGCCGAGGCCGUGGUACACAGGCCGCAGCAGCGGGAAUAGAUAAGGCGGCGAAGGGCCACGCGCCGAGCAGUCAUGUGUAAUGUCAUGUGGCUCCUUCGGCUCCUGACGAUCUACCGCCUAGCUCACCUCUCGGCAUCCGACACGCAUACAGAACUGCCUCUAGCAACGGACCCGGUUUCCACAAAAUCGACCACGGCGGCGAAACGAUCUGUGCCGACGGAUGCCCCGAUGCUGAACUACAUUUUCGACGCGCACAGCACUCUAAACAAGCACCAACAUCAUCAUGAUCACAGAUGGGGCCCUCACUUCGAAGGCGAGAGCUCCAACAUCACGGUGCAGGCUGGUGCUAGCGUCACCCUCGACUGCAGGAUAUCCCUGCUGCAAGACAAAACCGUGUCCUGGGUACGUCGGCAGGAGAGUGGCGGCAAGAUGAAUCUGCUGACGGUGGGUCAGCACACGUAUACGGGCGAUUCGAGGUACACCAUCGAGUUUCAGUACCCGGACAACUGGCGUCUGCGUAUCAAGCGCGUUAACAGUAGCGACGAGGGCCAAUACGAGUGUCAGAUCAGCACCCAUCCGCCUAAAUUCAUUCACGUCAACCUACAUAUUAACGCACCGUCCGUCCAGAUAGUGGACGCUCUGGGCGAGCCACUGCGGGACAAGUACUACGAGGCCGAUAGCACCAUCGAGCUGCUGUGCGUCGUACGGCACAUAGCGAUGCAGGUGCAAUACAGCGUCGUCCAAUGGCUGCACGGCAACAGAGUUUUGAACUACGACACGACGAGAGGCGGUAUCAGCGUGAAAACGGACCUAAUGGAAGAGGGGGCCAAUUCAACUCUCAGUAUAGCUAAGGUUGGACCUAUGGAUAGCGGAAACUACACGUGCCAGCUCACCACCAUGCCGGACCAACCCGCCACGGUUCACGUGCACGUUCUAAACGGAGAAAGCUUAGCAGAGCUACAUCACAGCGGCGAGCGAGCCGCUCGAGCGGGUGCCGCCGUUAGCUUGCCGUUGCUCUUCCUGGCCGUGGCUCUGGCCCGAUCGAGCCAGGUGCUCAGAUGAAGACUCGACAAGCUACCUCGGCUCGCACGAGAGCCUUCGGCUGGGCGAGAAGGCGUCGUAACGAUGGCGAAUAAAUGGUGCACCGCGACGCCGAACGAGACGCUGCCACCAAUGUACACCGCACGGACUUUUCUAUUAUCAUGACUAGAGCGGACACGAGGGCCAAAAAAGGAGUGUGUGUUAACAUAUUGCGUUGACUUAAGAUGGGAUUAGGCGGAACAGAGGCGGUUGGCUGCGUCGUCAUGGAACGUUAAUUCUAAACGCGAUAUAAGUGACGUUUGAUGCUCGAGAGAGAAAGAGAGAAAGAAAACGCGUGCGUUUUGCAUUACGAAAGAAUACUUUCGUCAAUUCUCAGCGCGACUUCACUCGAGAUUCGAGUGAACGUCUGAUUUUGCACGAGAGCCAAUGAAUGGCUGGUUGACAUCUCCAAUCAAUUAACUCGCGACUAGAUAAAAAGUGAUGAUUUCACACUCAAAAGAGGAAAUACUUGAAAAUGUAUCUGCGGGAUAUAAAGUUUAUAUUCGUCGAAAUAAAUUUUACCUCACAGAGGUAGACUCUGUUUCACAGAAACGAGCCUCUCUUUCUCAAUGCAUGCCCACCCACAUUAAGCAAAAGGAAAUAGUGUAUUCCUUUAUAACAGGAGUAAGUACGAAUUCAAUUGUAAUUUAUUAACGAAUUGCGUGCCUGUCUCAUUUUCAGCGAUUUGUCCCGAUCACUGCGUAACGGCAACUUCCAAACACGCGCAUAAGAGUCGUUCUACAUUAGUUACAAGUCUCAAGGUCGCAACAAAAUUGACCAAACACAGUCAAUUCUUCUUUGAUCGUAAGAAAAACGAUCGACUGUGAUUGGUAAAUUUUCUUACGACCUUGCGAUUUGCAACUAAUGUAGAACCGGCCUAAACGUUCUUGCGACUCGAUCGCGCCACGCGUGGUCGGUCUCGAUUGUCAAGCGCAACAUACGCCGUUCAAGCAGAUGUACUCAUCGUCGAGCAAAUUAUUCGGUCAUCACGGAGCGAUACGACGACGUUGUUAAUAUCGACCGCGCCGUUCGGUACGCUUUAGCCGGCCCGACGUUAGCAUCUCUCUCUCAAAGCAUAGUUAUCCCAAACGCGAUCCCAGCCCUCGCGACUAAAAAUGACCAAAGCUACGGUAAGAGCAUAAAUCUAUGUAUCAAAUAACCAAUAACGGUAAACAAUAAAGAUUCGAGGCGCGAACUGCUGACCGAGGUAUCGGAGUGGUUGGUAUCGCGUAUCACUAUGGCUGUGAUAAUCGAGACAAAUUGCACCGUUCAAUUCGACCCCCAUCUAUCACAAUUCACGCCAUUAAUAUCUCGCAAUUUUCCGCACGCUCGUCGGGCCGUUUUUAGCGCGGUUAGCAGACACGAGGAUUCGCAAAUUCCCCGAUAACACACGCAGGAUCGCGCGCGAGCUCUUAUCAUCGUGUCCAAUAUAUUAUCGAUAAUGCAUAAGCAGUCGAUUUACGGGACGACGGAAAGCGUCCAUCAUCGAACACGUCACCGUAAACUGUCACCUAUCGAUCACGGCUGUCUCGAGUAUCUCGAGAUUGUUGUCAACAGUUUCAAUUAGCGGACAAUUAAGAUAGCAAUAUAUCAAAAUACAGUGUGACCGACGCGUAUAUAAUAUGCCACUAUCAAUUAGAUCACAUCGUGACCGCGAUGAUUUUUAACAGGAAAUGCAAAGGGACAAUGCCGCGGUUGGAGCAGACAGACAUCGAGUCGACUGCGACUACUCGCUAAUAUCGGUUCUCUCGGGCACACAAUGCCCUUCCUCGUCGUGACAGGUUGUUAAUAUUGUAUAUUUGUAUAAGUUUCAUUCGUCAAGGUACAUCCAGACGCUGUCUUUCAGCCCGUGACACACAUGUAUAUCGAGAGGCCAGCGCGCGUCACUUUUCGUACGGCGAAACACGAAUCGCGUUUCAUAUCCUAUCGUUACGGGAGAACGAAAAAAUUUUAAUCACGCGGCUCGUUAAGACACCUGAGGUCUGAAUGUACGUUGCGGAGAGAUGAAGGUACGCUUGUCUUUCAUGCAGCCAACCAAAUCUCCACGCCGCGAGGUUUCACGGAUCACGCGCUAUAAUACAUAAAUUUAAAGCGAAUCUAAUGUUUCCGCGAGAGGAAAACGAGAUCACGAAAUAUACGAUAUGCAUUUUACAAGAA